AACAGACCCCUUUUGGAUGGUUUCCAACACUUGGCGACGUGGGAUCCGUCGGUUCUCUGCGGUUGUUAAAGUGUAUUUCCUAGGUCGUCAGUAGACCCUGCCCUCCGUAUGUCACUGUAUUGACGUGUUGUUAGCAAAUGGGAGCAGAAGGGCCGAUCCUUCGCCUGGAGAGGUUAUUCUGACUACAGGGCUGAUCCUUCGCCUGGAGAGGUUAUUCUGACUACAGGGCUGAUCCUUUGCCUGGAGAGGUCAUUCUGACUACAGGGCUGAUCAUUUGCCUGGAGAGGUCAUUCUGAUUACAGUUGCCACUUCUUGCCAAAAUUUUCAGGGUUUAAAGACUCGAUCACUGCGACUACAUUUAUACAGAUUAUUCUGUUUUCUCCAAUCGAGACACGGAUCCCGAUGUUCAAUCCGGAUUCAGGAAUACUUCCACAUCUAACAUUGAAAGGAGACACUUUGUGAACUGUUUGAUAUUUCGGUCUGAUCUGACUACCGAAGCAUGGUUGAUGACAACAGUUUAGCAACUAAAUCUGCUUUGCAAGCAGUUUUCUCCUCGACCUGCAACCUCCCCCUGCUCGUCUCCUCUGCCUCGACACACAGCCACUUCCCCGGUUCACACUCACAGUCCGACCAGCCCAACGGCGGAGGCAUGAAGCUAGAGGCGGUCAUGGAAAACCUCCAAAGACAGCAGGCUGCCCGCCUGGCGCUAGAAGAGAAGCUCCGUCAGGCGGAGAAAGAGAAAGACCUCCGCUCCAUGGUCGAGUCCCAGAUCCAUCAACAAGCCCUCGCCUUCCGCCACUACCAGGCAGCGGUCCGUGGCGCUUUCGCUGCGGGAAUAGCGAACUCUUCUCUCGGGUUGGCGAGCUCCGCUGAACGGGAACUGGCUCUCCCUCACAGUCUUGACGCUCGCAGGCACUCGGCCAAAGCCGACUCCGAUAUGGAUGAUGAUCCAGAGGGCAUGGACCGAGGUAUAAAUGAUGACAACAGGGAUAUGGAGGGAGAUGGCAUGGACAACGAGGGAAUCGUGGACGAUGAGGAGGACAUAGAGGGGGCUCUCAGCCACUACCAGCCCCGCCACCCCAUGCACCCCGGGGCGGGAGACUCGCCAAAGGACACACUUGUACAUCUCAUGUCCAGAGCCCCUCCGUCUUUCGCUGCGCCCCGGCAGUCAGAGACCCCGGGCGGGAUGGCACCACAGUCUCAGCAACACGAAUGGACUUACGACGAGCAAUUCAAACAGUCAGGACAAAGCAGUUCGCCAGAGAGGAAGCUGGGAAAUUCAAGUGUCGGUAUAGGUGGCGGCUCCUCGUCGCUGAUUCAGGAGUUGUACGAGUUGGACGAUGGGGUCAAGAGGAAAGAGUUUCUUGAUGACCUUUUCAGUUUUAUGCAGAAGAGAGGGACUCCAGUGAAUCGUAUUCCUAUCAUGGCCAAGCAGGUGUUGGAUCUGUACACGCUCUACAAGCUGGUCACAGAAAAAGGCGGCUUAGUGGAGGUCAUCAAUAAGAAAAUAUGGCGUGAGAUCACCAAAGGCCUCAACCUCCCUACCUCCAUCACCAGUGCAGCGUUCACCCUGCGAACACAGUAUAUGAAGUACCUCUACCCUUACGAAUGUGAAAAGAGGGGCCUGAGCUCCCCCGGAGAGCUCCAGGUAGCUAUCGACAGCAACCGCCGUGAGGGACGUCGUCAGAGCUACGGGUCGGCCAUCUUUAACUACUCUCCAGUAGGGACUCCCUCCAUCCUCUCCUCCCCCAAGAUGAGCAUGUCUCACCUGGCCAUGUCCACCUACAACGGAGUACAUCUGACCCAGAGACACAACAUCAAGAAAGAGGACGGCCCGAUGUCGGGAGGUCUGCCGGGCCGUGUUGGGGAGAUGUCUCUGGGAGGGCACCACGGGGCGGCUGCAGCGUCGGAGCCGCCGGAGAGCGGGGAGCCGCCGGAGAAGAAGAGGAUGUCGAUGGAUCAACAGAGGCUCAUGCAGCAUGCGCUGCAGCAGAACCUCCUCGCCAUGGCAACGCAGCUGCCCAUCAAGUUAAACAACGGAGGUGAGAGGAUGAGAGAUGACAGACAAGAGACUCCAUUGAACCUGUCUACCAGCGGCAUUAGCAGCUUCAACAUGUCAAUAGAAAUAGAUGGAGUUGUCUACACAGGUGUUCUGUUUGCCAAGAAGCCCUCCCUCCCCAUGAUGCUGGGUGGUCACCAGAUCCAGAACCACACCUCCUCUCUGGGAAAGACCAGUCUGGGGCUGAACUCCUCCUGCGUACAGAUCCAUCCGUCCUGCUGCUCCUCCUCCUCCUCCACGACCUCCACAUCCUCGGUCCACAGACCCGGAAACUCCUCCCCCUGAUCUGAGUCCCACCCACAGCCCCACUAACUCACUCUAAACCCCGCCCCUAUCCUCCCCCAAAGACAGCACACGGUCUGAGAUACCAGGAUGAAAGACUUCUGUUGUUUUUUCCCCCCUCCUCCUCCCUUUUUCUCGAUUUCCCUUCUUAUCCCAGUUAAAAUAAUAAUAAACAAAUAUUUACAGAGGAAAUACUUCCGUAGGAAAAGAACAAGAAAAGGCUCUCCUUCUAUUCUCUCUCCUCCGAACUCUGAAUAGCAAUGGUAUGUAGAGGACCUCUGAACCCAAUGGUAUGUAGAGGACCUCUGAACCCAAUGGUAUGUAGAUGACCUCUGAACCCAAUGAUAUGUAGAGGACCUCUGAACCCAAUGAUAUGUAGAGGACCUCUGAUCCCUAUGGUAUGUAGAGGACCUCUGAUCCCUAUGGUAUGUAGAGGACCUCUGAUCCCUAUGGUAUGCUGAGGACCUCUGAACCCAAUGGUAUGCUGAGGACCUCUGAACCCAAUGGUAUGUAGAGGACCUCUGAUCCCUAUGGUAUGUAGAGGACCUCUGAUCCCUAUGGUAUGUAGAGGACCUCUGAUCCCUAUGGUAUGCUGAGGACCUCUGAACCCAAUGGUAUGCUGAGGACCUCUGAACCCAAUGGUAUGUAGAGGACCUCUGAUCCCUAUGGUAUGUAGAGGACCUCUGAACCCAAUGGUAUGCCGAGGACCUCUGAACCCAAUGGUAUGUAGAGGACCUCUGAUCCCAAUGGUAUGCAGAGGACCUCUGAACCCAAUGGUAUGCAGAGGACCUCUGAACCCAAUGGUAUGUAGAUGACCUCUGAUCCCAAUGGUAUGCAGAGGACAUCUGAACCCUGUGUGUGUGUAUGUAGAGGACCUCUGAACCCAAUGGUAUGCAGAGGACCUCUGAACCCAAUGGUAUGCUGAGGACCUCUGAACCCAAUGGUAUGUAGAGGACCUCUGAUCCCAAUGGUAUGCAGAGGACCUCUGAACCCAAUGGUAUGCAGAGGACCUCUGAACCCAAUGGUAUGUAGAUGACCUCUGAUCCCAAUGGUAUGCAGAGGACAUCUGAACCCUGUGUGUGUGUAUGUAGAGGACCUCUGAACCCAAUGGUAUGUAGAGGACCGCUGAACCAAAUGGUAUGUAGAGGACCUUUGAACCCUGUCUGUGUGUAUGCAGAGGACCUAUGAACCCUGUGUGUAUGUAGAAGACCUCUGAACCCAAUGGUAUACAGAUGACCUCUGAACCCAAUGGUAUGCAGAGGACCUAUGAACCCUGUGUGUAUGUAGAAGACCUCUGCCACCAAUGGUAUGUAGAGGACCUCUGAACCCUAUGGUAUGUAGAGGACCUCUGAACCCUAUGGUAUGUAGAGGACCUCUGAUCCCUAUGGUAUGUAGAGGACCUCUGAACCCAAUGGUAUGUAGAGGACCUCUGAACCCAAUGGUAUGUAGAGGACCUCUGCACCCAAUGGUAUGUAGAGGACCUCUGAACCCAAUGGUAUGUAGAGGACCUCUGAACCCAAUGUUAUGUAGAGGACCUCUGCACCCAAUGGUAUGUAGAGGACCUCUGCACCCAAUGGUAUGUAGAGGACCUCUGCACCCAAUGUUAUGUAGAGGACCAAUGAAUGUCUUUCUGUCCUGUGUGAAAAAACAGUUGGAGUCAGCUGUCUUUCUGUCCUGUGUGUACACAGUUGAAGUCAGCUGUCUUUGUGUUUUUGUUGAGACCAGCUGCUCAGUUUGGAGCAGUGUUAACAUAUAGGUACAAAUAUAUGGUGACACAUCAUUGGUCCCAAGGAACUGUGGGACAAAGACACUGGGAGACAUGUUGGCUUUCUGUCUUGUUUCCUGCUUGACCCUCGUAGCUCAAGAGAGAAGUCGCUUGUCAACGUGUAGUAAGGUUUGUUUGAUGACCUCUACUAGGCAUUGUAGCUCAUAUUAUUGCUGCUUUUUCCCUGAUAACCAAAAAAAAAGCCAGAGUAACCAAUGAAAAGAAAGUAGAACCGUAAUAAACUAUAGUAUGCACGGCACAGAUUCAAUAGUGGGCUGGACAGCAGUCGAAGCUUUGGCUUGGUACCAAUAAUCACGCUGUGAGGAAAUGCUAUCAACAAAGCACAUCUCUCAGAAUCAGGGCCAUAUUUCCUCCUGUUCGUUCAGAGAGGGAAAUAUCAGGGGGCCGUGUUGUCUAUUGAAGAUCUGAUCGAUCAAUUCCACUCAUCUCUCAAAACACAUUGCCUAAUGCUGCAGGACAAAAAAGGAGUGUCGAGACAUGGGGUUAUUUUAUGCCUUUGUCAGUAAAGGGGUGUAAACCACAUGGACCAGUAGCCUGCAGCAUUGCUCCACUUUGAGUUGCGGGCAGUGCUUUUGGUUGUUUUGACCUUUAUUUAACCAGGCAAGUCAGUUAAGAACAAAUUCUUAUUUUCAAUGACGGCCUAGGAACAGUGGGGUUAACUGGUCUAGGAACAGUGGGUUAACUGCCUGUUCAGGGGGCAGAACGACAGAUUUGUACCUUGUCAGCUCAGGGGGUUUUAACUUGCAACCUUCCGGUUACUAGUCCAACAGUCUAACCACUAGGCUACCCUGUCUCUUACCCUUCUCAGAUGUGGCUCUGAAGAGAUUGCGUGAUGGCUCAUAUCGCUGGUGAACUGACCACUGAAUUGGGUAGAACACUUCAACAUGUGACCCUGCAGAAGGAGGGUAAAACACAUGUGGAUAGCUAUGUUGGUGAGACAAAGAGAAUAUGUGGUUUCAACAGCAGAACAUAUCGAGGCGAAAGGUACUAAUCCGAUCACCAAUCACACGGUGGCUUUAUCUUAUGACUACUAUCCACUCUUGUUUUUUUUUUAGUAAUACACUUUUCUAGCAUUGGAGAGCUUGUCCCUACUCACUCUUUGGUUCUCUCUCUCACUCUUUGGUUCUCUCUCUCUCUCUCACUCUUUGGUUCUCUCUCUCUCUCUCACUCUUUGGUUUUCUCUCUCUCUCUCUCUCUCUCUCUCUCUCUCUCUCUCUCUCUCUCUCUCUCUCUCUCUCUCUCUCUCUCUCUCUCUCUCUCUCUCUCUCUCUCUCUGGAGAUAUAGGUAUGUCGUUUUUUUAUUACAGUUUUUCUCAAAUGCAUUAUUUAUUUACAUAACCUCUGACUCCUCUUGCAAAAUGAAACAUUCGUACCCUGCAUCUCACAAACUUGUCCUUUGUCUCUGUGAUACUGUAAUUCUUGUUCUUUGUUGAUAUGAACCUGCAACCAGUCAAAAUCUAUUGAGCAGUCAGUACUGUUAAUAAAUGGAAAGCACAAUGUUCAGGGCCAUACAA